AUGGCGGAGUGCGCCCAGGCUGCGGGCCGGCAGCCAGUGAACCAAUGGCGCAAGGCGUUGUACGUCAUUCGGGCGUGCAGCAGGCUUGCGCCCGUCCGCGCGCUCUCCACCGGCGGCGGCGAGGACUUUCCGGGGAGCACCUUCUACGUCGCCGUCAGCAUGUGCAUGCCCCACGAGGACGAGGGUCACUCUCACGCUGAAGCUGAUGCCGGCGGCCGCGAGGACCUUCCGGGGAGCACCUCCUACGUCGCCGUCAGCAUGUACAUGCCCCACGAUGACGAGGGUCACUCUCACGCUGAAGCUGAUGCCGGCGGCCGCGAGGACCUUCUUGGGAGCACCUCCUACGUCGCCGUCAGCAUGUACAUGCCCCACGGUGACGAGGGUCACUCUCACGCUGAAGCUGAUGCCGGCGGCGGCGAGGACCUUCCGGGGAGCACCUCCUACGUCGCCGUCAACAUGUACAUGCCCCACGGUGACGAGGGUCACUCUCACGCUGAAGCUGAUGCCGGCGGCGGCGAGGACCUUCCGGGGAGCACCUCCUACGUCGCCGUCAGCAUGUACAUGCCCCACGAGGACGAAGGUCACUCUCACGCUGAAGCUGAUGCUGAUGCUGCUGCAGUCUCCUCCUCCAUCAGGGGCCUCGUCAAGGAUAAGUGCCAUGACUGCUUUCGCCGCCUCGGCGGAAGCACCGGCAUCGCGGCCAAGCUCACUUCCCACCCGAAGCGGGGCAUCAGGGACGAGGACAUGACGUUGAGCUGGCGCAAGAAGGAGUUCGGCGACAAUACGUGCCCCAAGCCCAGGCCCAGGACCUUCUUCCGCCACGUCUUGGACGCGCUCGGCCACGUCUCCGUCGUCGCGCUACUCGCCAGUGCCGCCGUCUCCCUCGGCUUAGGCAUCAUGGAGCAUGGCGUCAAGGACGGGUGGUACGACGGUGCCACCAUCUUCCUCGCCGCAUUCGUCGUCUUCGGCGUCACCGCGGUCAUCAGCCACGCCCAGGCCAAGAGGGACCACAAGCUCGCCACCGAGUCCGCCAACCUUGUCGUCACCGUCGUCCGCGCCGCCAGGAGACAGGAGAUCUCCGUAUUUGACGUCGUCGUCGGCGACGUGCUCAUACUCAAGACCGGCGACGUCGUUCCAGCGGACGGGGUGUUCCUAGACGGCCACGGCUUCCAGGUGGACGAGUCGAGUUUGACGGGACAUCCCGGCCCUAUCGACAUCGACGCCGGGACGAACCCCUUCCUCGCCUCCGGCGUGAAGGUCGUCAACGGCCACGGCUCCAUGCUCGUCACCGCCGUCGGCACCAACACCACGGCUUGGAGCAUCCUCUCAACGUUGAAAUUGAACACUCGCCCGGCGCCGCUAGAGGAGCGCCUCGAGAGUCUCAUUUCAACCAUCGGCAAGGCUACCGUCGCCGUCGCGCUUGUCGCCUUCACCGUGCUCCUCGUUCGCCAUUUCACCAACAGUAGCACGGGAAAGCCGCUGUUGAUUGAAAAGGGCGUGCCGAUUGCGGUGUCUCUCAUGGCCACCUUUGCCAUGAAGAUGAUGGUGAAGGAUAAGGCGCUGGUGCACAGUUUGUCGGCGUCGGUCACGGUCAUCUGCACCGACAUGACCGGAAUGCUCACCCUCAACAGGAUGGAGGUGACCGAGUUCUGGGUCGGCACUGCCCGACCUAGAACCCCCACGGCGAUAUCUAGCAGCGUCGUUGGCCUGCUGUGCCAGGGCGUCGGGCUCAACACCACCGGAAGCGUGUACAAGCCGGACAAUGUAUCCCAACCGGAGAUAUCGGGCAGCCCGGUGGAGAAGGCACUUCUGUCAUGGGCCACGGCGGACCUCUCCAUGGAUGCUGCCGCCUUGAAGAGGAGCUGCAAGGUAGUACAUGUGGAGGCUUUCAACUCCGACGAGAAGCCCAGCCCCAGCCGUGCAAUAAUCAGGGACAAGGCCACACGUUUGUUGGUCGCGCACUGGAAAGGCGGCGCGGAGGUGCUCCUUGCCAUGUGCUCCAUGUACAUGGACACGGAUGCAACGGUGCGUGAACUCGGUGUGGAGCAGCGGAACAAGCUUGAGAAGGUGAUCCGCGAUAUGGUGGCAAGCGGCCUCCGGUGCCUCGGCUUUGCUUAUAAAAAGGUUGACGACACUGAGCAAUCAAAGGUUCAUCACCUGGAGGAACUGACAUUGUUAGGUAUAGUCGGCUUGAAAGACACUUGCCGACCAGAGGUCAAUGCCACCAUUGAAGAUUGCACAAAGGCAAGCAUGGCCGUGAAGAUGCUCACCGGCGAUAACAUCCUCAUGGCCCUUACUAUCGCCAAGGAGUGCGGCAUCAUUUCGAGCAAUGACCCCGACGGAGUCGUCAUCGAGGGACACCAGUUCCGGGCCAUGUCAGUGACACGACAACUCCAGAUGGUGGACAAGAUCCGUGUCAUGGCGAGUUCCCGGCCCCAAGACAAGCUGUUGCUGGUGAAGCGGCUGAAGCACAAGGGCCACGUGGUGGCCGUGACCGCCGGCGAGGGCAUCAAUGAUGCGGCGGCUCUCAAGGAGGCCGACGUGGUGCUGUGCAUGGACGUCCAUGGCACCGAUGUCUCCACGGACACCAUCUUCCUCAACGGCAAGUUCGACGUAGUGGUGAAGGCUACCCGGUGGGGACGCUGUGCCUAUCACAACUUCCAGAAGUUCAUCCAGUUCCACAUCAUCGUCAACGCCGUCGCAAUCAUCGUCAACUUCAUGUCGGCGGUCACCAUGGGUAACGUUCCACUGACCACCGUGCAAAUCAUGUGGGUGAACCUGGUGAUGGGCGUCAUGAGCACGCUGGCGCUAUCCACUGACAAGCCCACCGACGCGCUCAUGGAAUCCCCACCCAUUUCCCGCACGACACGGCUCAUCAACAAUGCCAUGUGUUACAUCAUGGCCGCGCAGGCAAUGUUUCAGAUCGCCGUGCUGCUGGGGCUCCAAUUCCUUGGCAACGAUGACCAAGCCAGUGCCACCAUGAUCUUCAAUGUCUUCAUGCUCUUCCAGGUGUUCAACGAGUUCAACAUGAGGGACAACGUCCUUGCCGGGGUGCUCAAGAAUAGGAUGUUCCUCCUCAUCGUCGCCCUGGCGCUCGUGCUGCAGGUGGUGACGGUGGAGGUGCUCACGAAGUUCGUUGGUACCACGAAGCUCGGCUUGGGGCAAUGGGGCGUCUGCCUCGCCAUCGCCACCGUGUCGUGGCCCGUUGGUUGGGCCGUCAAGUUCAUCCCAGUGCCGGUUCGUAGCAGUUGA